GCGGAGGUCUUUUGUGUGCCUUCAGAAGUCUGGCUUCAGUUCUCACCAAGCUGCUCUGAGAAUGGAACGAUCCACCAGGGAGCUGUGUCUCAACUUCACCGUUGUCCUGAUUACAGUUAUCCUUAUAUGGCUCCUUGUGAGAUCCUAUCAGUACUGAGAUACCACAGCUCCUGGAAUUGACUACAACACUCCAGAACUGUCUUCUGUAUGCGCUGAGAUCCCACUGCUGUCAUGGGAUGCCUUUUCUGGCACCCCAUGGCACUUCUGACCUCCUCACACAAUAUUUGGGCUGCCCCCAGUGCUAGGAUUGAUUGUGUGAUCUCUAAAGAUGCUGCUCUCAAUGGCUGCCAAGUGUUUGCCAGGGAGCAUUAGAUUUAUUCCCCAACUCUUACUGCAAAUGUGUCAGACAAGCCACAAGGUUAAAAGUAAACUGGAUUCGUGAUGACAUAGAAUUCUAACAAGCCCCUGGUAUGUUUCACCACACAUCCCUUCAUCCCACACUCAGCAACCAAACUCUAAAUCAA